UAAAUAUCAUCUAAGUCUGCUGGUCUAGGGUUUCAUCGCGGGUCCAUAAACAGGUGAGCUGUGCACCCUGGUGACCCAUCCCCAUGGCCCACGUGUUAAUAGAAAGGAUUAAACAGCUCUGCUUACACUCCACUCUUUGGUGCGCUCUGCGGUAAAUACACUGUUGUAGUAUUGACAACAUCAUCAUUAUUCUGGAAUUCAAAGUAUGCACGAGAUAGCGGGGCGCAUCCUGUAAUUUGACAUUUUCGGCAUGAAUGACUCUGCAUCCGUUUACAUUUGCCUCUUAUAGUUUUACUGUCAAGACAGGUGUGGGUAUGAAAUGAAAGGAUAGGUGCUAAUUAUACAUCUCCUUCUGAGCCCGAUUGCUUUCUUUCAGCACAUCGGACAAAAGGAAUGUGCGGAAUGCUGCAUCAACGUUCACAUCCAUCUGAUAAAAGCAAGACCGUAGGGCGGCGGAAACUCGUGUGGUGGUACAGGGACAAGAGUGGACAAGCCCCACUGCCACAAGAAUGUGUCGUGUAUCCACACACUGACAAUUGCUUAGCCCAAUCGGACACAGAUGUCGCAUUUGACUGGGCUCCGAGUCGCUGUAAUAGAUGUUUGACUGCUGCAUUCAAGUCAGUCAUAAACCUCUAGAUGACAUGUUUUCUCCAGAGACUGCACAAUGAACGAUUGAGUCAGUAUACUGUCGAAGCAGAAUUGGACUUUGUCCUCUGGCUUCAAGUCCCUAUUUUGGAAUGGAAAAGAUUAGUCUGUUGCUUGGCUUACAGGGCAUGUUUUCAAUCUAACUGCUUCUAUCGCUUUGUGAACCACACUUGGGGACAUAGACAAACACACACUGUCAUUCAGAGGCAACACUCGAGAUUGCCCUCUAGAGGGGAAAUCUUUCCCUUUAAAAAAAAGAGGAAAUCGUUUUACCCAAGAGUUAAGUGUUUAACUGAACACGUAUGCAAAUGACUUGACAACACAUAAAAGAAAAACAAUCGUAAUGCAAUUGCGAUCUUUUGUAUGUAAUCAUGCAGAACUGUAUUCACUUUCUCCCUUGUUUCUUGGAUGGUUAUCCUUCUCAUGCAAAUGGAAACUGCUGAGUCCACAUAGUCCAAAAUGUGGUUUCAGAAAGUGGCACAGUAUUUUCAAAAGCCUCAGGCAGUGGUGUUUCUUUGCCAGUGUGAGAAACCUUUCUAGGAACAGCUUACUCAAAAUAUUUGUUGACACUGAGUCAAUUUUUUUUUUCUACGAUGCAAGUGUUUACAGUUUGUAUAAAUCACACUGUCCAAGCCAACAUUGGUAUUUUUCCUUCCUGGAGGCUUUGUCUUUUAAGUGACAGUCAUCAUCAGCGGGUCCUUGUUCAGCAUGUCAGCGGCAGGUGCAGAUUAUUUUGAGAGGGCCGUGAUAUUUUAGCUCAUUUGCACAGACAUGAGCUACUCGCUGGGCUUAGUGCUUUAAAUAGGCAGGAGUCCCAUGUGGUUUAUGGUAAACCAGACAAAUUCAACACGUAUCCUCUGGGCAGGAUGCCAGGAUGCAUAUACAGUAUUGGUCACAACAUGUGUGUCCAUGACUUUUCUGGGAUUUGGAUCUGGUAAAUGAUUGCCAUUUAAAAUACUGUACAGUUUACAUUUGCCAAAAUCAUUUAGUAUCUUGGAUGAGAAGAUUAAAAAAAAUCUCAUUACUUUCACUGGAGGGAUACUGUCAGGCAAGUUUGGUGAGCAGACCCCUCCCUCAACCCUGCAGAAGUGUAUCAUUGCUCUUGUUCCCCUCACUAUCUUUGUCUACUUCACAAGAACACAUUGCUGUGGAUGGGCACAUACAACAGGUGCAGCAAGAAUACGCAUUACUGGCUGACCUGGAAUCAACCACGUCCCACAUUUCAAAAAGACCAGUGUUUUUACCAGAUGAGACCCCCUACUCUAUCCCGAGUGGGAAUUAUUGCCAGGAUCAAUCAGUUCCUCCUCCAGUCCCUCCUCCGCCCACAGUUGAAGCUCUGAAUGGUUCCCUGCAAGACCACUCCCACCACUCUUCUCAACAGUCUUUAGGUUCAGCCCAGAAGAGCUCAUGGUCGAGGGACAGUAGUGGCUCUCCGUCUCACAUUGAAGAAGACCACGUCUACAGCUUUCCAAACAAACAAAAGUCAUCAGACUCAUCAACAUCAGCCAUGACUUCUGCUCUGGGCAGCAACUUGUCUGAGCUUGACAGACUACUUCUGGAGCUUAAUGCGGUUCAGCAGAGCUCCCCUUCAUUCCCCACUACAGAAGAGAGACCCCCACCCCUACCAUCCACUAGCAUCACCCACUAUGAGAAUGGCAAUGCCCCUGACAUAAGAGUUAGCCCUCCGCCUCAGGAGGAGCCCAAGAAAAAUGGAACAAGGCAGGAUGAGGGCCGGCCCACAGUGGAGAGUCUUUUGGAUGAGCUGGAGGGCUCAGUGCCUUCAACCAGCCCCUCCCCUCGCCACAGUGAUAUGGACAGCCCCUCGCAACAGCAGGCACGGAUUUCAGCUUCAUGUGCCACAAGAGAGUUAGAUGAGCUGAUGGCCUCUUUGUCUGACUUCAAGCCCAGCUCUUCUUCCACCCCUCCUCAUCCUCCAGUCUCUACCUUCGUCACCCCAGUGGCUUCACCUUUCCUCAGUCUGUCCCACUCAUCUGCCUGUGCUUCUCCUAUGUUCUCUUUGCCUGCCGGUCUAGAACUCCACAUAGACGAGGACGGUGUAGACCGAGCCUCUUUGAAACGUCUCCCUUGUCACAGUCCAAUAUCAUCCCUUUCUGCAGCCAGUGAUCUCGACUCUGUCGCAGAUGUGCUUUCUGCGGUCCCACCAUCGCCAAACAAUUCGCUGCUUGUCCUCACCGUUUCCGGCAGAAACAACCAGCAGAGAAACAGUUCGAGCCCAUCCACUACUCCCUCGACGACUUCAGUAAACACAGUCUUGGACCACAAGACUUCCAAAUCACCUAGUCCAUCUGUGGAGCGCAUUUCACCCCUAGCAGCUGCAGCCUCACCCCUUCACUACCUCACCCCUCCUAUCUCUAUACCCAAGACUCCUUCACUUCUCCUUUGUACUUCCUCUGUGUCGCCUCCCCUCACCAAUAACUCCUUCACACCCUCCUCCUCGGUCUCUCCGACCAACAUUUCCUCAUAUACGACCAUCACGAGCUCUUCAAUUUCCAGUGGACAUCUGUUGCAGCCAGCACCUGCAGCCAAGAGCGCACUGCAUCAGUUGCCUGUUGAAGACCUCUCCCUGAAUGAAGCGCUCGACAAACUGCUAGAGAUGAGUUUCGCACAAAUUCACUCAGCGGCCGAAGUGAAGGAUCUGCAGCUGCACACGGAGGCGCACUAUCUCGGCAGAGGAGUCCCCGAGGUGCCGGAGGAAUUCAUCCUGCUCAUGGACAGAAACAGUGUGCAGCCCGACAUGUUCACCUGCACCGCUAACACCAUCACAGAUGAAUCAGUGGACGGAGGUACCGACACCAACGGAGAUCUGGACUGGGCUGAUGAGGAGCUGUCAGUGUCCUUACACGACGGACUAGAUGGCACCAUGACGCCGUACACCGAGAGGCUGUACACAGAUGGCAGCGUGACUCCACUGACGGAAGCUAGCUGGAUGGAUGAUUCCAUGACGCCGUCCACGUGUCCUGGGACGCCGGACGCUGCCUUGGAUCUGCCUUUGUUGCAGCCACCCAAUAUGGACAGAGUGUCUGCCUCAGGACACAUCAAAUCUGUGAUAAGGCGCACUAAGGAGACCCCCAAUGUGCACCCGAUGUAUCGAGACGGUCUCCUGCGCAGGAAAAUGGGCCCCGUCAUUGUCAACAAGAACUCUUCCCAGGACCGCCUCAUAGAGGAGCUUCAGGGCAAGUUUGGUAUCGCCCGCUCUGAGCGUCGAUGUAAACAGCCAGACGAGUGGAUGAUGGACGGGUUCGUUGUCACGUCCAAGCCUCAACGCUACCGCCCUGACGGAGCGCUCGGCGAGGUGGACAAGAUUGUAAUUUCCCCCGGGUCGCCUGCUCCCGUGAGACGGGUCCUCCCGCCUCAGUCACCUCCUGCUCCUCGUCCUCCUCCUAUCAUAGAAGACCCUAAACUCAUGCUCCCGGUGCAGCAACAUCCCGCUCCUUUACCUCCACCCCCUCCACCUCCCUCGCCCCCUCCUCACAUCCAAGCGCAAGACACAGCUCUACCUCAGCACAUAAUGACAGCUUCACAAGCACCACUGUCACCACCCGCUCAGGAACCACCAGUCCACAAACUAGAGCCCCCCAUGUCCAUUCAUAAAAGUCCAACCCACCCUUCACCACCAGUUGAACCCAAAGUCCUGGUAUCUGUCGGCUGCCAAACUGACUGUGACCCACUCUUCUCCUCGAUGGCUCAAGGGAAAGGGGUUUCUUCUGGCGCUCAGCAGACGCAGGUCAACAAGCUGGACAACAUGCUUGGGAGCCUGCAGUCGGACCUUAACAAACUGGGUGUGCAGACAGUGGCCAAAGGAGUUUGUGGUGCCUGCUUCAAGCCAAUUGUGGGGCAGUUGGUGACUGCCAUGGGGCGCACAUGGCAUCCUGAACACUUUGUGUGCACGCACUGUCAAGAGGAGAUUGGCUCCAGAAACUUUUUUGAGCGGGAAGGACAGCCCUACUGUGAGAGAGAUUACCAUAACCUGUUUUCUCCUCGAUGCCACUACUGCAAUGGGCCCAUACUAAAUCAAGUUGUAACUGCGCUGGAUCGAACAUGGCACCCCGAACAUUUCUUCUGCGCUCAGUGUGGAUGCUUCUUCGACCCAGACGGCUUCCAUGAAAAGGAUGGCAAGGCUUACUGCAGGAAGGAUUACUUUGACAUGUUUGCACCAAAAUGUGGUGGCUGCGCGAGAGCCAUCGUGGAGAACUACAUCUCGGCACUCAACUCGCUUUGGCACCCGGAGUGUUUUGUUUGCAGGGAGUGUUUCACGCCAUUUGUCAAUGGAAGUUUCUUUGAGCACGACGGCCAGCCCUACUGUGAAGUCCACUACCACGAGCGCCGCGGUUCUCUGUGCUCCGGCUGCCAGAAGCCCAUCACAGGUCGCUGUAUCACAGCUAUGGCCAAGAAGUUCCACCCGGAACACUUUGUCUGCGCCUUCUGCCUCAAGCAACUCAACAAAGGCACAUUUAAAGAGCAGAACGACAAACCCUACUGCCACGGCUGCUUUGUGAAGCUCUUUAGUUAAGGAGCGAGGCAGCUACUGCGCAGAAAAGUGUCCGUAGCAUCGCAGGCACUAGUCCAGACUGAUGUCAAUCAACGUAAGGUUGUGACCCUUUUCAAAUGUGUGUAUGCAUAGGCUAAACAUUAUUCAUCCUGCUUGGGAUUAAGUCUAUAAACUGUGCCCAAUAUUUCAUAACAAUGGAAAUGAAGGGUGAAAUAACGUUUGCAUGUUUUAACUUAUGACUUCAACUUUCCCUAAUAGUUUCUUUUCUUUCCAUUACAUUUGCUAGUUCAUUUACUUGUCAGGUGGCGAUGAAAGACUGAGGACUGAAGAAAUCAUAAAAUGUGCAUUUUUAACAUUCUCACUGGUUGAGUAUGUCCCUUUUAGGAUUUAUUUUUUAGUUAAAAUCAGACAAUUAGAGCAGGGAGCAGGUGACCUGCUAUUGUGCGAUUAACUGAUUUUCAACCAGCUUAUGAUGUUUUGUUUUAGUCUUUUAUUGUGUCAAAGUUGACGCAUUAAUGUAAGUGAAACAUCAACUGGAAAUUGGUUGAGUGAGCAAUUGGUUGUUUUGUGGCGUGUGUGAAGAUGUUUUCUUUUCACUCUGUGGAUUUAUUCAAUCAGCCACACAUUUUAGACUUGAUUUGUUUAUACCAGCAUGUUAGAAAACAUUUAUUUAAUGUACAGUACAUAAGAAGGACAUUUUUAGAGUAACGUCUUUCUAGACUUGAUCACAAUUCUAAUUGUUCCACAGUAAUUGCUGUUGUCUUGAGUAAGUAGAAAGCCAAAGCUAAAUGUUUCACUGCCAAAUCAUUCCUUGUUUUCACUGAUGAAAACAGUUUCACCAUUCAUUUCCUCAAAUUUUCACAGAUAUUACUGUUUAUAGUCAUUUCCAGCGUCUCCACCCUAUUACCGUACAAUUCAUUUUGUAAAUCUGCAAUUUUAGGCGAGGCACUGGGAUGCUUCCCAAGACUGUUUUUGAUAGCUACUCCCUACAAAGAUGGUGAUCAUUGGUUGGACUGUGAUGCUGGACUACUGUGUUCCUAUGUCAGAAUCGUUGGACGACAAGGACGCUAUAUGGCAUUGUAUUAUCAAACCAUUAAACUUGUAUCUGCA